UUUUUAAGAGGAAGCCAUGAUUAUUCUUGUCGCUUAUGGACACAAGGUGGCCGCUAUUUAGGUACUUUGGGCACAGUUUUGCCCUGGUCUAAGCUGACUCCUUUUGAGCGAGCAGGAGAUGAUAGUCAAACAUAUCGAAUGCCGCCUGAUAUCAAAAAGGUAGCUAGUUCAACAACACUAAAAGUCAUUUCUGGCCUACAAGCAGAAAGAAUGGUAAAACGUCAAGAAGGAAAAGUUACUGAGGACCGAGAUGAGGACACCGCACAAACAGAGGAUGUUACGGAAUUGAAAAGACUUUUGGAUAGCCCUAUUAAGGAGCCUAUUCUUGGAAAACAUUUUGAGCUACCUGGCCGCACUGUUCUGGACCAGCACAUUGAACUUGAUACCUCUCAGAGCUACAUAGCUGUAUACACGCAUCUUAAGGUGCAUUCCACUGAAAUGUUAGAGCGACUACCCACUCCAGCUGUAAUUGGAAAAGUUCAAGCGGAGAAUUAUUUGCAUCAUUAUGUGCCUGUCGAAGGUAAGGUGGACAUCAGCGGCUCUUCUUUAAAUAUAAAGCAACCAACGCGACGUCGAUCUGGUAAAACACAUGACCCGCGCAACAUUCGAACAGCCAAAGCACGACUCGAUAUUGGAAUGGGUCUUAGUUCUAGCCAUGCUUCACAACAAUAAAUAAAAAAUGUAUAUUUCACUAUAGCAUAAUAUGACAAAAAAUUA